AACAACGUCAAGUUAAGCAUUCACAAACGACAGGAAUAAAAAACUUUUGAAAUUGGUAUAUCAAAAACUAGUCUCCUGAAAAUAUUAAGUUCAACUGCUGUCGGUCCGAAAGCUAAAUCGACCAUAAUUUUGCACAAGUGUCAAAAUAAAUUUUAAUAAUUUUAUAGAAUAAUUCGAAGUGCUAUACUAUGCUUACCAUUGAUUUUAUAUAGUCGUAUCUAUGAAAAUAGAGUGUAUUCUAGGAAAAAUGGUCGCGUUCAAUGCUUGAUUUGUGUUGCAAAGAAAAUAGUUUGACAUUUACAACACGUGUAUAACGCAGACAGAUCUUAAAUCACAUUUUUAUAAAUCAAAUUUCCAUUAAAAUGUCGAAGACACAAUCUACCAUUGACGAAAUUAUUCCGAUUAAAAAACAUAAACAAAAUCCGAUAGUUGCUUAUUUUCAGAAUGGUCAAAUGACCGAUAAUUUCGCAGCAAAUUUGGACGUAUGUACAGUUAAAGAUUCAACAAAUAAAAUUUUGCUGGCUAUAUCAAAAGACAAUAUAUAUGAUGGAUAUAUUGAUCACAGCUCAUUAACCAAGUUAAACAAAACAUUUCUUGCAAUUAGAAAAAAAAAAUCGGAAAAAGUCAAAUUGGUUGAAGUUUCUGAAAGUAGUAUGAUGAGCUACAUCUAUAAAUGUUGUUUCCAACAAGAAUCAAAAUUAUCCAAUGUUCAAUCAGAUAUGCAUACUGAAAAUGCACGAAGGAUAUUAUUUAAGGAAUUUGGCGGAAAAAAGGCCAUACAAGUUUUGGACAGAAAAGAAAAAAUGAAAAUUAACGUGGAUGUCGUUAAAGAACAAUUGGAUAAAACAUUAUUAGAGUUAGAUAUCAACCAAAGUACUAAGGAACAUAAGGAUGAGUUUGAUGAAGUAAAAGAGCAACAAGAUAAUGUUCUGGAAGAAAUGUUGCCCAAAGUGAAUAAGGAUGCUAUCAAGUUGACCGAUGUUUAUUGCUUAGAAAACUUAAUACAACUAGAUAUACUAGAUAGUUUAAAAGCAGACGCAAUCAACUUACUUAAAGCAAGCCAUGAUGAUAUACCAAUAAGGCCGAUAUUUUUAAAAAUAAAAAUUCAAUCGAUUCAGCGGGCUAGAAUUCCGGAUGAAAUAGAGAAUUUACGGAAGAUUGAAAUUUGCAUUUAUAUAGAUGCAUUGAUAUCAUUUCUCAAACAAAUAAACCAAGUGCAUUUAAAUUCAGUAGUUAGAUUGAAACCAUUAUCCAAAAUCACGUCAAAAUUAGAUUCACACAUCAAAAAGAAAUUCGCUCAACCAAACAUAGUCAAGUUGACAAAAACGAAUUAUGUAAUCCACAAAACCACCUUGUACAUCAUUGUUCUUUCACUGUUGAUAUCAGAGAGACUUGAAAUCGAUAUCCAGCAUAUUAUUGAGGAAAUUGGUGUUUCAAAAACUAGUCUCCUGAAAAUAUUAAGUUCAACUGCUGUCCGUCCAAAAGCUAAAUCGAACAUUAUUUGCAUUCGCUUACCAAGUCAACUGAAAGCAUUUUCAACAAAUUUCCGACGUCGACGUAAUCACCUUAAAUCUUUGUGGCGACCAAAAAUGCUUCAAAGCAAUCGAAUUCGAAGAUCACCAAAUACAAACGAAAUUGAUUUUCCAUCUGCAGAAACUGCUCUCAUGACUAUGAGCUUUUUAACGUUGGCCGUUUUCCUAAUUAAACUUGUUCUUGUAUGUAUAUUCUUGGAACCUUAGUUAAUCAAAAUGAAAUAUAAAUAACA